CGGGCCCCGGCCCCGCUCAGGGCGGGCGGCGGCGGGCGGCUGGGGCCGGGGCCGGGGCCGGGCUGCGCCUGAGGGGGGCCGCUCCCCCAGCCCCGCCGCGCUCCGCCCCGGGGGUGGCGGCGGCGAAGGGCGCCUGGAAGCGUCCGCUGCCGGUGGCAGCCGGCUGCAGCGGCGGCCGGAGGGGUAAACAAGCAUUGGAUCCAAAAGAUGUUACUCCGAGUGUCAGCGAACUCUAAUUUUGGCAGAACUGCAUGAAUUGUACAGCUAGCAACUCUCUGCUGGACAUACUGAACUUUGAGUCUCCAGAAGAGCUUGCCAGUAACAAGUUUGGCCAAAGGUGACUUUUGAUAUAACCAGAAACUUUAGUGAAGGAGCCAUACAGAAAGACAAGCCUGAAAAGACUGACACUGCGAGAACAAGAGCACAAUUGGAAAGGGGGAAAAGAGGGUUUGGAAGAAGAAAAAAAACGUGGUGAUGAACAAAAAGUUCAAGAGAGAAAAAAGAAAGCUAAGCUCAAGAGGAGAGAAGAGAGGCAGAUAGAUGGAGAUGAAAAACAUCCCCAAAAGCAGAAGGUACCAGCUGAAGAACAGCAGUGGCCAGAGAAUAUGCCUGAAUGGGAAGAAAGGAAAUCCCUGCUAGCUCAGAGAAGAGUGGAGUCUGUCAGACUGCUUACGGUCCUGUUAAACCGUGUGAAAGAUUUUGUACAGUUGGCAAGUCAAAAAGUGGAUCCUUCAUUGGGCGUAAGGAAGGAUGAUUCCUUUUCUGAAACAGCAUUAAAAGAUGUUCAUCAGGAACAGAUUAACUCUCGUUGUCAUACGCAAAAAGAGUUGAAGCAUAAGGAGGAGUUUAAGUGUCAAUUAACCCAAAAAAGCAGCAGCUUAUCUAGUGAGGAAGGAGAUGUGACUAAGUUCCAUGCGUCUACUUCUCAUAUAGUCAGGACAAUUUUAAAUGACCCCAGUACAGCCCUGAGUUCUGGCAGAGAUGUGCACAACUCCUUUGGCUGUGGAUCUUUGCUGAUUACAGUUACCCAAGACUGCAAGGUCAUCAGAUCUCUGGAUGGAAGGGACUGCCCAACACUGAAUGUAGUUCACACGCAGACAGUGUCUGAGGAUGGUUGCAGAAAGCAAAAGGUUUAUGAGACUGAUGAAUUCAUUCAUUAUUUAUUAAAUUACUACCAGACACCAAGCUAUGCACGUGUUUGCUUAGAGCCAAAAAACUCUGCGAACAAGUCCUGGUGGAAGAGAGUGGUGUCUGAUGAUGACAGUGGUUUCCACAUCAGCUUGAGUAACAAACACGGCCAGCAUUUCAGAGAAGUGAGUCUUGUACAAAACCUCAACAAGAGAAAUUGUAUUAGCGAUGAUAAUUAUAGACUGGUGAUCACAGUUGGGGAAUUGGAAUCAACAGACACAGUGUUGAAAAACAAGGCCUAUGCAAGUCAGCUUGCAAAAAAGUUGCAAGUACAGAGGAAUGAUACACUCACUGUUGAUUACUUACCAUAUGCUGGACUGAAUCAUUCUUUGGAUUGCACUACUGUUACUCAUGAUAAGGAGUUCAAUCAAGAAGAUGGUAGAAAUGAAGUUACCAUACCGUACAAAAUAUGUAGAUCCACUUGCAAAUUAAAGGAUUUGUUGGAAGAGAUCAGUGAUUCUGAGUACUUUAGUGAGGCGUGUGGUGGUGCAAUGAAGAGAACAGAAAGAAGGUGUGAAGAAAUGCACAGCAAUUAUAAUAAAGGGUGCUUGCCUACAAGAAAGAGGGAGAGAAAAUUACUGGUUUAUCUUAAAAAUGUAACUCUGGAAGGUCAAGAAAAGGAAAGCAGGAAAUGUAACUUCUGUUCUAAUUCUGCCCUUGAGGGCUUGGCAAGGCAGUGUGAACACAAGCUUAAAAAGUCAUGCAAGAGGUCUAGUAGUAAGUUAAGACAUGAAGGACAGAAAAGUGAGAGACAAUCAAGGGAAGAGGAGAGAAAUGCUCGCAAAAUGAAGAAAAAGAGAAAAAAGCUUUCUUCUAAUCUUUUAUCUGAUGAAUGUGGCUUUUCAGAGGCGGACAGUUCCAUACAGCUGGAGUCACUUAGAAAGAUACAAAGAAAAUGUAAUAAAGCAUUCCACAACAAAGUGAAAUUCAAGACACUUCACACGGCUGUGGCAGCACCAGACAUUGCCGCUUCUGAUGGCUUGCCACUUCAAGAGACUCUCCAGAGCACAGAUUAAAGAAAAGAAGACAAAACUUCCCCCUCUGUCAAUCUCUAGACAGUUCUGUACAGUAAGUUCCCUUUUCCCAGGAGGUAGCCCUUUCAAUUACAGGUGGGGAAGUAUUUAUUUGUGUUAAUCUAAGGGUGCUGGAACUAUAAAUUUCCUUCAGUGUAAAUUUCCUGUGUUUAUCAAUAUGUUGUCACAACAGUCAACAAAUAAAUACACCAAUUCUGUAAUUGCUUCUUGUGUUUACCUACAUUGACUGAAAUUGAUAAAGCAAAUCCCCUCUAUCCCCUCAUUCAGUAUAAAGCAUUGUUAUUGAAUAAAAGGUGUGCACUUUAAACUGA